ACUGAAAACCAAGUGAGGAGAUGAAGGAUUGCAUUAUACUACACCAGAGAAUCAGAGAGGAUAAAUACCACAGUUAGAUGCUGACCAUCACCCAAGAAACAACUGCACAACUGUGGGGAGAAAUCCAAUCCCUCUGUAAUAUUGCUCAACACAGAGAAAGUUGGGCAGUGAAACCAUCAUCUGGAUGUUGGAUUGGGUCAAGGGCAUUUGACAUAUCACCAGAUCUGAAACUGGUCAGUGGUAUGGAGCCUUCCAUUAGAACCAAACUUUCUGAAGGUUUGGCAAUGGUCAGGGUGAGGCCCGGAAAAAGUGUAUGAACCUCAUGAACUACUGACUCAUUCCUAUUGAUGACAGACUAUUCAAAUGUGAGGUUGUGAGGAGAACUGCACAGGCUCAUAGAAUCACCUAACACACAAGGUUUAUUGUCCAACCUGUUAACACAAGAACAGCUUCAUGGAAGAGAAACCGUUCAAAUGUGAGUUCUGUGUCCGAGCUUUCACAAAGUCUUCAGCACUUGUUCAACACCAACGUAUUCACACAGGGGAGAAACCAUUCACGUGUGAGGUGUGUGACAAAUCCUUUUCACAAUCAUCAAAUCUCCGUGUGCACAAGUGCAUUCAGAAAAAUGAGAAUCUAUUCACAUGUAAGGUGUGCAACAAAUCAUUCUCGCAGUCAUGGACUCUCCGUGUGCACCUGCGAAUCCACACGGGAGAGAAACCUUUCACAUGUGCUGUGUGCAACAAAUCAUUCUCACAGCCAUCGACCCUCCGUGACCACCAACGCAUUCACACGGGAGAAAAACCAUUCACAUGCGAAGUCUGUGACAAAGCAUUCAGGCAGUCAUCAAACCUUCGCGAACACCAACGUAUUCACACUGGGGAGAAACCAUUCAAGUGUGAGAUGUGCAAAAAAUCCUUCUCAUGGUUAACAAACCUCCGUGCACACCAACGCAUUCACACAGGGGAAGAAGCAGUCAAGUGUGAGGUAUGUGACAAAGUCUUCACACAGUUAAGGAGUCUCCUGCUACAUCAGACAACCCACACAGGGGAGAAACCCUUCAAAUGUGAGGCUUGUAAUAAAGGUUUUGCAACAUCCUCAACUCUCCUGAUACACCAGAGGAUUCACACAGGGGAGAAACCCUUCAAAUGUGAAUUUUGUGAGAUGGCUUUCAACCAAACCUCUGAUCUCUUGAGACACCAGUUGAUUCACACAGGGGAGAAACCCUAUAAAUGUGACGUGUGCGAUCGAACUUUCACACAGUCAUCGACACUUGGUAGACACAGACGCAUUCACACUGGGGAGAAGCCGUUCAAGUGUGAGAUGUGUGACAAAUUAUUCUCAGAUUCAUCGCACCUCCACAGACACCGAAGGACUCACACUGGAGAGAAACCUUUCACGUGUCAAGUGUGUAACAAAUCAUUCUUGAGAUCAUCAAACCUCCGUGCCCACCAAUGCAUUCACGCUGGGGAAAUGCCAUUCAAGUGUAAGGUGUGUGGCAAGGGCUUUGCAGAAUCAUCAGCCCUGCUGAAACACUGGCACAUCCACACAGGGGAGAAACCAUUCACGUGUGAGGUGUGUGACAAAUCAUUCUCACAGCUAGGAAACCUCUGUGUGCACAAAUACAUUCACAAAGUUGAGAAUCUCUCAUCAUGCUAAAUGUGCACGAAAUCAUUCUCUGACUUAUCAUCCUUCUAUGCACACCAACACACCCAGAGAGGAAAACCUUUUCCCUGCAAGGUGUGUAACAGUCCUUCUUAAGUUUGUCAGACCUUAUAUUCCAUCAGGGGAUCCACACAGAGGAGGAAGUCUUCAAUUGUGAACUUAGAGUGUUUUAACUGCAAGAAGCUGAACCAUUUUGCACACAGUUGUUCUUCCUGGUGUUGUAGAUACUUAUAUAUGCAUGUAUUUGUUUUUAGUUUCCAGGUUUAAAUGGUAGAAUAUUAUUGCAAGGUGAAAGGAUGAACAAAGGGAUGUAUUGCUGCAAUUGUACAGGGCAUCAAUGAGAUCAUUCAUGGAGUAUACAGUUUUACUAUACUAUACCAUGUACAGUUUUGGUCUCCAUAAUUAAGAAGGGAUAUAAAUACAAUAGAAACAGUUCAGUGAAGAUUCACUCAGCUAAGGUUGGACAGAUCAAGCCUGUGUCCAUUGAUUUUGGAGGAAUGAAAAGUUACUUAAUUUAAAUGAAUAAGAUCCUCUGGGGACUUCACCGGGAGACCCUUGUAAUGUUCUGGGGACCUGGCUUCAAAUUCCACCAAGGUAGAUGGUGUAAUUUGAAUUCAGUAAAACAAAAUUG